AUGGCUCGGCAGAUGACGUCUUCUGCUUUCCACAAAUCCAAGACCCUUGACAACAAAUACAUGCUUGGAGAUGAAAUUGGGAAAGGAGCUUAUGGAAGAGUGUACAAGGGUUUGGACUUGGAGAAUGGAGAUUUUGUUGCAAUCAAGCAAGUCUCUCUCGAGAACAUUGCUCAGGAGGAUCUUAACAUUAUUAUGCAAGAGAUCGAUUUGCUAAAGAACUUGAAUCAUAAGAAUAUCGUGAAAUAUCUCGGAUCGUUGAAGACCAAAAGUCAUCUUCACAUUAUACUUGAGUAUGUGGAGAAUGGUUCGCUUGCAAACAUUAUUAAACCAAACAAGUUUGGCCCUUUUCCAGAGUCCUUGGUGGCUGUCUAUAUAUCCCAGGUAUUGGAAGGUCUGGUAUAUCUACACGAACAAGGUGUAAUUCAUCGAGACAUCAAGGGGGCAAAUAUUCUGACGACAAAAGAGGGUCUUGUGAAACUUGCAGACUUCGGAGUUGCGACAAAACUAACUGAGGCAGAUGUUAAUACACAUUCUGUUGUUGGAACGCCUUAUUGGAUGGCUCCUGAGGUCAUUGAAAUGUCAGGAGUUUGUGCCGCAUCUGAUAUUUGGAGUGUCGGCUGCACGGUGAUUGAACUUCUCACGUGUGUUCCUCCAUAUUAUGAUCUGCAGCCCAUGCCUGCCUUGUUUAGGAUUGUACAGGAUGAGCAUCCUCCAAUUCCAGAUAGUUUAUCUCCAGCUAUCACUGAUUUCCUACGUCAGUGCUUUAAAAAGGAUGCUCGGCAGAGGCCUGACGCAAAGACGUUACUUUCACACCCUUGGAUCCAAAACUCAAGACGUGCUCUGCAGACUUCUUUACGUCAUAGUGGAACACUAAAGAACAUGGAGGAGGUUGGAUCAGGGGACGCUGAAUCAAGCAGUAGUGGGAAAGAACGUACUGUGGAGACAUCUUCCACUGAGAAAGAAUGUGGAACGGAGCUGGUAUCCUCGGAAACUUCGGAGACUAUAAAGUCUUCUGAGGAUGGUGGUUUUAAAGCUAAUCUUAUUGAGGGAAGUACGGAUGAUCCAGAGGGAGAUGUGAUUUCUGAUCAGGUUCCCACAUUUGCAAUCCAUGAAAAGUCACCCUUGCAGUCCAGCUCAGAUGGACUUGAGGCAUCACUUUCGGAUUCUACUGAACACAAGCCAUCAACACUGCAGGACGAAGUGCUUAUAAAUAGUGAAAUGGAGCCUGCUGAGGCAGCAGAGAGAGAUUUUGUAGCUAGAAAAUUUGAUAAGAACGGAAGUUCAAUCACCAUCCAGCAUGGCAAAACUCAUUUUAAUCAAAAGAGCCACGACUUUAGUCCACAGAAGGAUGUGGAAGCAUCAAUGGGUUCUGGAACAAAUGAACUUAGUAGGUUCAGUGACCCUCCAGGUGAUGCAUCUUUGGAUGAUUUAUUUCACCCAUUGGAGAAUCUGGAGGACCAUGGUGCUGAAGCUUCCACUUCUGCAUCUACUUCACAUGUAAUUCAUGGGAAUUUAAUCUCUGAUAAUGGAAAGAAUGACCUGGCGACAAAAUUAAGGGCUACAAUUGCUCAAAAGCAGAUGGAGAAUGAAUCAGCCCAGGCCAAUGGUGGCGAUCUACUUCGUUUAAUGAUGGGUGUUAUAAAGAAAGAUGUAAUUGAUAUUGAUACUCUGGGAUUUGAAGAUAAAUUGCCUGCUGAAAAUCUCUUUCAUCUUCAGGCUGUUGAAUUUGGAAAAUUAGUGUCAUCACUGAGGCCAGAUGAACCAGAAGAUGUGAUUGUAUCUUCCUGUCAGAAGUUGACUACAUUUUUUCAUCAGCGAUCAGAACAGAAAAUUGUAUUCAUUACACAGCAUGGUUUGCUACCUUUAUUGGAACUACUUGAGGUUCCAAGACCUCGUAUCAUAUGCUCGGUGCUUCAGGUUCUAAACCAAAUAAUCAAAGAUAACACUGAUUUUCAGGAGAAUGCUUGUCUAGUCGGUCUUAUUCCUGUAGUGAUGAGCUUUGCAGUACAUGAUCGUCCUCGAGAGGUACGCAUGGAAGCAGCAUAUUUUGUACAGCAACUAUGCCAAUCAAGCUCUUCAACGCUGCAAAUGUUUAUUGCAUGUCGUGGUAUACCCAUCCUGGUGGGCUUUAUGGAGCCUGAUUAUGCCAAAUAUAGGGAAAUGGUUCACAUGGCUAUCGAUGGGAUGUGGCAAGUUUUCAAGCUACAGAAGUCCACCUCGAGAAACGAUUUUUUCCGUAUAGCUGCCAAGAAUGGGAUUUUACUUAGACUUAUUAACACACUCUACAGCUUAAAUGAGGCUACCCGAUUAGCUUCUAUAGCUUCUGGCAGUGGGUUCCCUCCAGAUGGUUCAGCUCCACGUCCACGGUCUGAUCCUCUGGAUUUUAGCAGUCCAUUUGGACAGAUGGAUUCCUCACUUUAUGGAAACGACCAGCCUGAUCAACUUAAAGUUAAACAAGGAGACCAAGAAGCUUCACGAGCAUCUGUAUCACAUUCGCCUGAGUCGAGAUUUCUCUUUCCAAAUGUUGAGGCGUCAGGUGCUUCAAGAGUGAUGGAUCCUGCAUCUUUGGAGAGAAUAUCCAAUAUGGCUGCAAAGGAUUAUGCUUCAGCUAUUCCCAGAGACCGGGAAAAUGCAGACAGAUGGAAGAAUGAAUCUUCUAGAGCUGAAGUUGAGCCAAAACAGCAAAAAGUUGUAAAUGCAACAAAUAGGCCAUCCACGGAUAGGGCUCCAAAAUCUGUGGACAUGACAACAAAUGGUUCAUCUACUUAUACUGGCAGCCAACAAGAGAACGUUCGACCCCUGCUGAGUUUAUUGGAUAAAGAACCACCAUCAUCCCAUUUCUCUGGCCAGCUUGAGUAUGUACGUCAUCUCACAGGAGUGGAGAAACAUGAAACCAUUUUGCCUCUUCUGCAUGCAUCUAAUGACAGGAAGACAAAUGGACUUGAUUUUUUGAUGGCUGAGUUUGCAGAGGUUACCGGACGAGGAAGGGAAUCUUCUAAUGUGGAUUCAUUGCCUAAAAGUUCACCAAAAGCAGCUAAUAAGAAAAUGGGACAUCUGGCAUCCAAUGGAGGCAUUGUUGCCUCUUCUGGACUUGCAUCUCAGAGAGCAUCAGGUGUGCUGUCUGGUUCAGGGGUUCUAAAUGCUAGACCUGGGAGUGCGACAUCAUCUGGGCUACUUUCCAAUAUGGUGUCUCCCUGGAAUGUUGAUGUUGCUCGGGAAUAUCUUGAAAAAGUUGCCGACCUUCUACUUGAGUUUGCUGCAGCAGACACAGCCGUCAAAUCUUACAUGUGUAGCCAAAGUUUGCUUAGUCGUCUUUUUCAGAUGUUCAAUAAGAUAGAACCCCCCAUUCUUUUGAAGCUGUUGAAAUGUAUAAAUCAUCUGUCAACCGAUCCACAUUGCUUGGAACAUCUUCAGCGAGCAGAUGCUCUCAAAUAUUUGAUUCCCAACCUUGAUCUCAAAGAUGGUUCCCUUGUGUCACAAAUCCAUCACGAGGUCCUUAAUGCACUAUUCAACCUGUGUAAGAUUAACAAGAGGAGACAGGAGCAAGCCGCAGAAAAUGGGAUUAUUCCCCACUUAAUGCAUUUUAUCAUGUCAGAUUCACCUUUGAAGCAGUAUGCAUUACCGCUGCUAUGUGAUAUGGCACAUGCAUCACGAAAUUCAAGAGAGCAAUUACGAGCUCAUGGUGGGCUUGAUGUUUACCUCAGCCUUCUUGAAGAUGAACUGUGGUCUGUGACAGCAUUGGAUUCUAUUGCUGUAUGCCUGGCUCAUGACAAUGAAAACAGGAAAGUGGAACAAGCUUUGCUAAAAAAGGAUGCCGUACAGAAACUAGUUAAGUUCUUCCAGUUCUGUCCGGAACAACAUUUCUUGCACAUUCUGGAACCAUUCUUGAAGAUAAUUACGAAAUCAUCUCGGAUAAAUACUACCCUUGCUGUUAAUGGUUUGACCCCACUGCUUAUCUCAAGACUUGAUCACCCAGAUGCAAUAGCUCGGCUGAAUUUGCUUAAAUUAAUAAAGGCUGUGUAUGAGCACCACCCUCGUCCGAAGCAACUGAUUGUGGAGAAUGAUUUGCCGCAGAAGCUUCAGAAUUUGAUAGAGGAGAGAAGAGAAGGGCAGAGCUCGGGAGGCCAAGUUCUGGUCAAACAAAUGGCCACCUCACUCCUCAAGGCACUCCACAUCAAUACUGUUUU